AUGGUAUCAUCGGCUGAGCUUGUAGGCAGUACCGUUCCAGAUAAGUCAAUUCAAAUAUCAAUCGAUCGAGGAGGAACCUUCACCGAUGUUCAUGUCUCUUAUCCAUCUACUGAUAACUCAUCAGGACCUCGUCAACAAUGGGCUAUCAAACUUUUAUCAGUAGAUCCUGCAUACGAAGAUGCACCUCGUGAAGGUAUUCGUCGUGCACUUCAACACGUCUUACAAUGUUCGAUCCCACGUAAUCAGAAGCUUAACACAGACAAGAUUGACUACAUUCGACUUUCGACUACAGUAGCUACAAACGCACUCUUAGAACGUAAAGGUGCAGAUCACGCUUUACUAAUCACCAAAGGUUUCAAAGAUAUCUUAGCAAUAGGAAACCAAUCCAGACCCAAGAUCUUUGAUUUGGCCAUCCGAAAACCAACAGUACUUUAUAAGAAAGUUGUUGAGAUUGAUGAAAGAGUGACUUUACUAGGGUAUUCUUCGGAUCCAUUAUCUCAAGAAAGAGCUCCUAGGUUCGAUGAACAUGGUAGGAUCAUUAAAAGUUAUGAUUAUGAUGGGUUGAAAGAUGGGGAUGAAGAAUUUGUUGUUAAAGGAACUAGUGGGGAGGCAGUGAGUGUCAUCAAACGACUAGAUGAGGAAACGGUAAGAGCUCAAUUGAAGGCUCUCAGACAAGAAGGCUAUGACUCACUUGCAGUAGUCUUGAUGCAUUCCUUCACAUAUCCAGUUCACGAGCAAAGGAUUGAAGGAAUUGCUAAAUCAUUAGGGUUUUCACAUAUUUCAAUUUCAUCAAACUUAAUGCCAAUGAUUAAACUAGUACCUAGAGGUACUUCAUCAACUGCAGAUGCAUAUCUAACUCCAAUCUUAAAACGUUAUAUCGAUGGAUUCUUUUCUGGAUUUGAUGAUUCAUUACGGUUAGGUGGUUCAAAAGGAACAAGAGUUGAGUUUAUGAGAUCUGAUGGUGGACUUACUGGUGUAGAAGGUUUCUCUGGACUUCAUUCAGUUCUUUCAGGUCCUGCUGGUGGUGUGGUAGGUUAUGCACUUACCACUUUUGAUCCGAUCGAACGGAUUCCUGUUAUUGGUUUGGAUAUGGGUGGCACAAGUACGGAUGUUAGUCGGUUUGAUGGUCGAUAUGAGACUGUCUUUGAAACUACCACUGCAGGUGUAACUAUUCAAAGUCCGCAGUUAGACAUUAAUACAGUAGCAGCUGGCGGUGGAUCUCGUUUGUUUUGGCGUAAUGGACUUUUCGUCACUGGACCUGAAAGUGCGGGAGCAGAUCCAGGUCCAGCAUGCUAUCGAAAAGGUGGUCCAUUAGCAGUAACAGAUGCGAAUUUACUUUUAGGUAGACUGGUUGCAGAUCAUUUUCCUAAAAUCUUUGGAAAGAAUGAAGAUGAAGGAUUAGAUGAAAACGCUUCUAGAAAAUCUUUUGAAGAUCUAACUAAAGAAAUCAAUGAUGAAUUAGGUAAUGAGGUUCAAAGAAUGAGUAUUGAUGAAGUGGCAUGGGGAUUCGUGAAAAUUGCUAAUGAAACUAUGUGCCGACCGAUCCGUGCACUGACCGAAGCUCGUGGUUAUGAUGCAAGUCGGCAUGUUCUAAGUACUUUUGGUGGUGCUGGAGGUCAACAUGCUUGUGAUGUUGCUCGAACUCUUGCCAUUCGUCGUAUUGUCAUCCAUCGUCAUUCGUCAAUAUUGAGCGCUUAUGGGAUGGCUCUGGCUGAUCGAGUGGUCGAACGUCAGACACCAUGCUCAACUGUUUAUGAGACUGAGGGUGAAGGUCGAGAUGGACUCCUGGUGACACUAGAGCGCCUUCAAAAAGAGGUGCACGAAGAGCUAUCAAGCCAGGGGUUUCAAGAUAAUCGAAUCGUUAUUGAACGGUAUCUGAAUCUGAGGUAUGAUGGGACAGAUACGGCAUUAAUGAUCUUGGAAAGCAAAGAUGAUGGUUUUGAGUUUAUCAAGGCUUUUGAAGACUCUUAUCGACAAGAGUUUGGUGAGUCACUAGGAAAAACAUACUGUGAACAACUGUCCGAGAUUACCUUUCAGUCUGUGGUUGACCGUCAUGAUCCAGAUCAGUAUCAUUCAGUCUAUUUUGAUCAACCUUACGGAAGGCAAGAUCGAACCCCAAUCUAUCUUUUAGGCCGACUGAGUGUUGGCGACCUGAUCAAAGGGCCAGCUCUAUUAAUUGAUGAUUUACAAACCUUGGUGAUUGAUCCAGAAGCUGAAGCUAAAGUUUUGAAAGAGCAUAUAGUGAUCGAUCUGAUUGAAAAAUCAAAGACCACAUCAAACUAAAGACUGAAAGUCCAGAUGACACCACUUUGCGUGCUGAUCACAAUCUUUUGGUACUUCUCCAAUGUAAGAAAUUUACUUAAGACGACCAGCAGUGUAUACAAGUCACAAUCAUAAGGAAUAUAAUUUUCUAUCUUCUUGUACUUCCUUAACCCCGGGCGUUCAUGGUCAACCUCUUCCAAAGGCUUUUGUUUGGCUAACUCUGAAUCUGAUCCGCCUUCUUUUUCUGUUUUACCUUGAUUGAUUUAAAUGUACAUCAACUUGAUGAUUUUAGAC